CUUACUGAAUCUUACGCCUUGGAUCUUUAUAUAGAAACACACACACACACCAGCUCAUAGAUUUUGCAUAUACCAGAAACUGAAGACUAAACACAAGACUUGUCCUCAACAUUGUUUGUUUCAUCCUUCAGAUUCCGAAUCCUUGCAAUGGCGGUUGAUGCUGAUGGAGUAGUUGGGUGUUCUUCAAGCUCUUCAAGUUCAACUAAGAGACGAAAGUAUCAUGUGUUCUUGAGUUUUCGAGGUGAAGAUACUCGCACAGGCUUUAUUGAUCAUCUGUAUACUUCUUUACAAUGCAAAGGAUUAAGAACUUUUAGGGAUGAAGAAGGACUUGAAAGGGGACAAUAUAUAAACCCAAGUUUACUACAAGCAAUUGACGAAUCUCGUUCUGCAAUUGUUGUGCUCUCCCCAGGAUAUGCUUCUUCAACCUGGUGUUUGGAUGAGCUCCAAAAGAUCCUCCAUUCGAAAAAAGAAUUGGGUCUUCAAAUAUUUCCAAUUUUUCACAGUGUAGAUCCAUCUGAUGUUAGGAAACAAAACGGAAGUUUUGCAGAAGCAUUCAAGAAUCAUGAAAAAAGAUUUACAGAAGACAAAAUGAAGGUGCAAAGAUGGAGGGAUGCUUUAGAAGAAGUUGCUAGCAUAUCUGGUUGGGACUCCAGAAAUAAGUAA